AUGCUCCGCUCUGCGCCGCGCGCCGGCGGCGCCUCCGUGGUUGCCGCGCUCAGCGCCGUUGAGGCGGUCCCACCUCGGUUGGUGAACACCUCUCAGCACGCCGCCUUCAUGCCCCCCGUCUCGGCGCGGCAGUGGAUGGAGCUCGCCAUGUUUUGCCUGCACAACCGAAAGGUGUCUCAAAAGCGCCUCCUGCAGAUGCUGGAGGACACCGCCAAGGCGCUGAUGGAAGAAAGGCCUCUCCACAGCCAGUCUCCCGCCUCCCCUCCCAGCAGAGAGUGCAAAGGCACUGACGAUGACGGCCACAGGGUAAGCGCGCUGUCUGAUGCGCCCUCGACAGACGUCGUUUUAGAGUCUUCCGCCCCUUCCACACCACGACGGCAGUUGGCGGCAAGAUUUUUUAUGUUGGCUUCUUACCUUGGAAUCAGGGGAGGAAGCGUCUCUUCGCUUCACGCCGGUGUGCGCUUGGCUGAGAUGGCGGUGGACGCCCACCACUGCCCGCUAACCACCACCCACCUUGCAUGGUCCUUUUACCGUCUUGGUUGCGUGGUGCAAGAGAGGGAAAGUCGAAGCGCACUGGAGGCGAUGGCAAUGAGGCUGGCGCGAGGCACAUCUGGGGCCGGUACACUGCGGAGUGCCGCCUUUCCCACGGAAGUGAUACAACUUGUGAAGCUUGCGUGGCUUAUGGCCGUUCUUGGGGAGACGCAAAGUGCCUUGUCGCUGGUGCAGAAAUUGUUGGGAGAAAAUCGGGCGGAUGCCAACGCGUUGGUGCUGCUUUCUCUCUUAUAUUCUGCAACUGGAGAGUACGACAAGGCCCUGGAAGUGGCCAACGGCACGGAGCAGUCGCACCCGCUGUACAUUCCGGGAGGACUCGUGCUAACCGUGAUGCGGUAUGUGACGAACGACCCGCAUCAGCAUGGACGUGAAGACUUUGAGGAGCUGCUGGCGGUGCUUGUAGCACGCGUUCAAGCGGCGGCUCAAUACACGGCAACGCGAGCGGGUUCGGAGGAAUUUCCGCUUCCGCCAGAAAUUGGCUUGACCGUCAUUGCGGAUGGGGGUUGGAGCAGCCACCUGCACGGGGAGUCUCGCGUGGCGGGGCACUGGGCGCUGCUGGCAUACGUCGCUUUGGAGGUUGGCUGCCCCGCCGUCGCCGAAAUCGCGGUGCGGGCAGGAUUGGAGUACGUGAGUGAGGCGAAGGAGGAACACGGCAGGGCCUACGCCGACCUCGUUUGUUGCGCCGCGCGAAUAAAGCUUGACCGCCUUGAGAAACUCGUGGACGCGGUUCGUCAGAGUCACGGCGCGGCAGGAAUCGGUGACGACGUCUCCGAGUUGCGGGUGUUCGAGGACGAGCGGAAUAUGCAGGAGCAGCGAACUCUGCUGGAUGAACCUGAGGUGCUCUCGCUGCGUACCAUGCUAUGUACAGCGCUUGAAGUAUGCACGGCACACGCGGAGUCGUACGUCCAUCUGGGUCGCCUCUACCUCCUUGAGGCCCUCAAGGCCAAUCACCCGCAAUCUCUCCGCGCCACAUCUCUGGUCGAGGCGUCACACUACUUCCAAUUGGCUAUUCACUCCAACCCCGCCCUUGGCGCCGCGCACGAGGGCAUGGGCCGCGUGCGCGAGGAACAGGGGGCGCUGGAGAUGAGUUUGGAAUUUCUCUCCUCUGCAGCAGAACUCGCCGCCCGGCAACCAGUGAUUCCCUUCGAGAGGUUUUUGUAUAUUUUUCUCUGA